UCGCCAUAUUGAUUUUUUGUCGAUGUUGAAAACACACGUUCUUAAAUCCUUGUUCAAUUUUAUGUCCAACUUUUCGUAUUAUUGUUUUAAAUUGUGGUAUCUGGUUAUUUGUUUAUAGUUACUACCUGAAGGGUAGCAACACAACAGCCAAGAUGCCGCGUAUCAUGAUCAAGGGGGGUGUAUGGCGAAACACCGAGGAUGAGAUACUGAAGGCAGCGGUGAUGAAAUAUGGGAAGAACCAGUGGUCUCGUAUUGCCUCCCUGCUGCACCGCAAGUCUGCCAAACAGUGCAAAGCCCGCUGGUAUGAGUGGCUGGAUCCCAGCAUUAAGAAAACUGAGUGGUCCAGAGAAGAAGAGGAGAAGCUGCUCCACCUGGCCAAGCUUAUGCCCACCCAGUGGAGGACCAUUGCUCCUAUCAUAGGACGCACCGCUGCCCAGUGUCUGGAGCACUACGAGUUUCUACUAGACAAAGCAGCCCAGAGGGACAAUGAGGAGGAUACAGCUGAUGAUCCCAGGAAACUGAAGCCUGGAGAGAUCGACCCCAACCCUGAAACCAAGCCCGCUAGGCCUGACCCUGUGGACAUGGACGAAGAUGAGCUGGAGAUGCUGUCCGAGGCCAGAGCUCGUCUGGCCAACACUCAGGGCAAGAAAGCCAAGAGGAAGGCCAGAGAGAAACAGCUGGAGGAGGCCAGACGACUGGCUGCUCUACAGAAGCGCAGGGAGUUGAGGGCAGCAGGCAUCGACGCUCAGAAGAAGAGGAAGAAGAAGAGAGGAGUGGACUACAAUGCUGAGAUUCCCUUUGAGAAGAAACCUUCUCAGGGUUUCUAUGACACCAGCAUGGAGCUCUACGAAGGUCUGGAACCAAACUUCAAACGCCUGCGACAACAACACCUGGACGGAGAGCUACGCAAUGAGAAGGAGGAGAGGGAGAGGAAGAGGGAUAGACAGAAGAUCAAGAAGAAGAAGGAAAGUGAUCUUCCAUCAGCCAUCCUCCAGACCAGCGGAGUAGCGGAGUUCACCAAGAAACGCAGCAAACUGGUGCUGCCUGCACCACAGAUCUCUGAUGCGGAGCUGGAGGAGGUGGUUAAGCUGGGUCAGGCCAGUGAAGUGGCUCGUCAGACCGCUGAGGAAUCUGGGAUCACUAACUCCGCCUCCUCAGCCCUACUGUCAGAAUACAGCCUUUCCAACAGCGCCAUGGCAACUGGGCUACGCACCCCCAAGACCCCUGCUGCGCAGGACAAGAUACUACAGGAGGCCCAGAACCUGAUGGCUCUAACUAACGUAGACACUCCUCUGAAAGGAGGUCUGAACACUCCUCUCCACCAGAGUGACUUCUCAGGAGUCACACCCCAAAGACAGGCAGUACAGACACCGAAUACUGUACUGACCACACCUUUCAGAACCCCGGGUCCAGGGUCUGAGGGCGGUAUGACCCCCCAGGGAGCGUUAACCCCUAAAGGACCGGGUACUGUGACCCCUGGAGUAACCCCUGGGCGCACCCCUCUACGAGACAAACUCAACAUCAAUACUGAGGAACAACUAGCAGACCCUGCCUACGCUAGACAUCUGCAACGAGAGUCGAGGGAGCAGCUGAAGCUGGGUCUGAUGUCGCUGCCGAUCCCCAAGAACGACUUUGAGAUCGUUCUACCAGAAAACGCAGAGACUGAACUGGAGGAAAUGGAGACGGAGACUGGAUACAUGGAGGAUGCCUCAGAGAUAGAGCUACGCAAACAGGCUGCCCGGGAUGCAGAGCAGGAGAAAGAGCUGAAGCUGAGACACACUGCUGUACAGAGGAUUCUACCCAGACCAUCAGAGGUGAAUGAGUCUAUCCUGCGUCCGUUGGGAACAGAUCCUCUGUCAGAACUGCAGCAGGCUGAGGAGAUGCUCAAGAAGGAGAUGAUCACUAUGCUGCACUUUGACUGUCUACACCACCCACCAGCCAACCAACAGCGCAGCAAACAACGAGGGCCUGCCUCCACCUCCAACAACGCAGAACACAUCGCCCACCUGGACAGACACCCCUACAAGCCAAUCAGCAAUGAGGAGCUGGCACAUGCCAGUGAGUUGCUGAGCCAGGAGAUGGAGGUGGUGAAGGCAGGUAUGGGUCAUGGGGACCUGUCCAUGGAGGCCUACAGCCAGGUGUGGGAGGAGUGUUACGGCCAGGUGCUGUACCUCUCCGCCCAGAGCCGCUACACCAGGGCCAACCUGGCCUCCAAGAAGGACCGCAUAGACUCCCUGGAGAAGAAACUAGAGAUCAACCGAGGCCACAUGACGUGUGAGGCCCGUCGCGCUGCUCGUCUGGAGCGUCGUCUCAAGGUGUUACUAGGAGGGUACCAGUCCCGUGCUGUAGGCCUACUGAAGCAGCAUGGUGAACUGUGGGAGCAGGUUGAGCAGGCAGCUACGGAGCUCCACACCUUCACUGAGCUGAAGAAACAAGAAGACACAGCGAUACCCCGCAGACAAGAGGCUCUAAGGGAGGACGUGGAGAGACAGCAGGAGAGAGAAAAGGAGCUUCAGCAGAGAUAUGGAGACUUGCUGCUGGAGAAAGAAGCUCUGCUGUCUGCUAAAUAUUAACACACACCCCUACUAGAAACCCCAUACAUGCUUUCUAUACACACACACAAAUCACUAACACAUAUUAUAAAAACAUGUUAAGUUUUAGUGACCCUCGUCUCGCUGUCUAAUUGUGUGUUGAUAGGUAAACAUAUUUACAAGUGAAUGAUCUAUUGGAGCUCUGCCUCUUCAUGUCAUAUUGAUGUCAUGGUCCACUGCUUAGAGCAUGCCCAGUAGUUGCCUAGUGUUGGUCUUUCCUCUGGUGAAUGUGUCUUUUCAUUGGAAUAAAUUAUCAAUACAAAUCUGAUUUCUCCCUAAGACCUGUUUGCUGUAUGUGGUGUUUGUCUGCCCCUAGGAUUUUCUACCUGCAGCAAACCUAGUGGAUAAUUCUGGAAAUACCAGUAAAAGCAAAGUGCCUCAAAAAGCAUGGCCUAUGAAAUGUAUAGAGAAACUUGUUCUUAGCAGUGUUUUCAGGGCUAUUGGAUGAUAAUCUGUUUUCCUACAGUUCACAUAUGUGUUGGAAGAUGCCAUAUUGACAGAAAGCUAGCUUUCCAUCCAAUUGGUGAGAUUUUCAUGCAAAUUCUUCCCCCAAAUGGACUUGUUGCGGAUAAAGAGUGCUUGAUGACAGUGCACACAAUGUACUUUUUUUAUUUAAGUUUUCAUGUACAGAAUUUUUUUACUGUUUCCAUUGCAUUUUCAACUCUGAUAGUUUUGUCACACAAACUGUUGCAUUAAAAUACCAAAUGUA